AUGGCUGCGAUCAACGGGGUCGCUGAGAUGUGCAUGGCGGUUGUGAGUGGGUACAUCGCGGAUAAGGUGUGGGGGCCCUCGCGAACCUUGCAGUUUGCCCAGUUCCUCGGUAUACUCGCGCUCACCACUAUUUUGAUUGGAGUCUGGUCGAUGAAUUUAUAUGUGAUGCAAUUCGCCCAGUUCUUAGAAGGCGCCUACAUGGGCUUUGGCUUUACCUGCGUUGAGUCUGUCUUUGCGCAGUGUUUACGUACGGGAGAUCGCGACUGGCUUUACGGCGUCAAGUUUAGUUUUGAGGCAGCAGGGCCUAUUACCGGGCUUUGCUUGAUCAUGAUUCUCUUCGUCCUCAUGGGCAACGAGUGGGAUUUGGCGGUGCUGCAGUGGGUUAUGACAAGUGGGCUAUGCCUGAACAUCGCAUCUGUGCUAGUUUUUCUGUCCACCUUUAAGCCACUUCCCUAUAAAUUUGGCAAGCCGACCACUCCGGAAGGGAAGAAUGUCGUAGUAUAUGGCAAUACGUCAAAUAGCGAGGGUAGUAAGACGUCAGGGUACGAGCAAGGUGGUAGUCAGGUUGACGACGAGGACCUCUCAUCUAGGCGGGAGUGUUGUGCGCAAGAGGGCGAGCGCGUCGCCGUCGAUAACCAUGAGAUCCCCAUUAAGAUUUCUUCAAACCAACUCACUCUUCCUGUUCGUCCGGAUUUGAACGAGGCUGGUGGGGUCAAUCGCAGCUUCGUAGGUUCCCAUGGGCGUUCAGACGCCGCUCCUGCCAACUCUGAGGGGGGGAAGUGUGUGAGGAUGCGUAAUGAAUCGUUUCACCGACCCCCUUCCCCUCCUAGCGCAUCCCGAGGGGAGAGAGACUACAACGACGAAAGCUCACCGAUUUCUGCGCAACGAUUGUGGACUGAAGACGACCAUACCAAACCCCUUCGUUCAGACCCCCAGUAUACUGGAGAGGACAAAAAAAAUGAACCUAACUCGAGGCCUGUGCGAAGGCUACGCUAUGUCGACAUCGAGGCGGAGGAGGCGAGAGGGUGGCGCAAGAAAAUUCUCCUGUGGAUUCCGCUCAAGUAUUACCCCUACAUUUUGGUGCUUUUCGACGUGAUCACCAUUUUUGGGAGUGGUAUGACGGUGCAGUAUUUUGUGCUGUUCAUGAUGAAGAUCUACGACGUGAACCCGCUCGAGAUGGCGACCCUCAACCUCUUCAACUCCAUCAUUAUCAUGGGGAUGGGGAUCCUCUGCGGGGUGAUCGCACAGCGCUACGGCCGUGUGCGGACGAUUCUUCCCCCCAAACUGAUCGCGUCGGGGAUUUUGCUGUGGAUGGCGCUCGCCCGCGGGACAAGGCACGCGACGAAAGGGCUGAUGUGCAUCGCCUACGUCCUCCGUGGGGCGUUGAUGAACUGCUCCGCGGGGCUCUCCCGCGCGCUCGUGAUGGAUGUCGUGCCGGAGCACCGCCACGGCCGGUGGAACGCGAUCGAAUCGAUCCAAUCCGCGGGGUGGUCCGGCACCGCCUUCCUAGGUGGUUUUCUCGCGGAUCGCUGGGGCUACGGCGGGGCGUUUAUCGUCACCUUCUGCUUUCACAUCACUAGUUGCGCGAUCCUGUUGCCGCUGACGGUGCGGAAUGAUACACGGCUGCCGGUGCUCGUUGACGCGGACGCUCCCGGUGCGGCAGGGGACGCCAAUCCGGACGUCAUGGUGAUCGGGAAGGAACGACAAGAUCACGUUCAAGGCCUCCAACCAAGUGCUUUCGGGUAG